CACAGAGAAUCAGGAUCAAGCUCAGGAUCGAGCUCAGGAUGGAGCUGUCAGGCAGCAACUCUACCUGCUAUACCACAGUGCCACCCUGCUGUUGUGUUAUUUUCUUAAAAACAACUUGUCUGUGAUAUAGCCUUAGUAGUUUUAUUUGAGAAAUCGUUUCCUUUUUAGCAACACUUCCAGCCGGCAAACAUGGUGUACCUGUUUAACCAGCUCGGCUUUAUCAGCAGGGUUGUUCCAACAUCCAUUACGUUCUAGAGAGGUUUUAGGUUCAAGCUUUUCUCCAUUAAAGCAUGGAUACAUUACAAUUUUUGUAAAGUCAUAUUUGUUUUCAUUAAACGUGUUUCCUUCAAGUAAGCUGAAUCAGAAGUUGUUCUUCUAAUACUAAUCUAUAAUAGUAUUUCUGUGGGGAAUUUCUUUUGUAAAUGAAACAUUGACCCCUGGUGGAACAUCAUGGAUUUCAACUGUAGAAACUUCAACAACAACAACAACCACAACAAUAGAAGGGCUCCAUUGUAUCAUAGUUGUAUUAAUGCCUUCCCAUGUAUUGUUACUGGAAAAUUCUUUACCCCAAAAGCUUAAUAAGAUAGCAGAGUAUUUUGGUUGGUUAAAAAAAAAAAAAAACAAUGAUGACGUGAUGGAAUUAAUGAAAGUUUUGAAGAACAGAGACACUCCCACAUUUUGGUUUCAGUUCCUCUUGAGAAAACAUUUAGCAUGUCAGUUUUACACCAUUGACUCUUAUAGUUUUAUAUAGUUUUAUAUGGUAAUAUUUCCGUAAAUGAAGUUCCAGCUCACAAACUAGCCGUCUAGUUUUAACCCACGUUCUUCACACAGAAAAAAAGAGGAAAUGUGGACAUGUUGUGGCCAUGGAUUCAGACUCUCAGCUGUUCAAUUUGAGGACCGAUGAUGAAACCACACAUCCUCUUAAUGCUGAGCAACUAGAGGAGACAUCAUUUGAUACUGGCGUCAGUGCCUCCUGUCUCACUACAGCAGAGCUUCAGCAGCAUUGGAGGGCAGUGAAACAAGAGAUUAGGUCUGUCAAACUGCUGUUUCAGAUCCCAUCCACCCGUACUAUAGACCACAUAACAUCCAGAUACGUGGUGUAUCAGAUAAUAGUGAUCAGAUCAGGCAGUUAUGAUCUUAAGCAUGUGAGCAUCGAGCGCCGCUACUCCGAUUUCCUCCACCUGCACCAUGAGCUCCUUCAGGACUUCAGCGAGGAGCUUGAGGAUGUCACCUUGCCCAAGAAGAGGCUGAUGGGCAACUUCUCAGAGGAGAACAUCACUGAACGGCGUGUGACUCUCUGUGACUACCUGACCCAGCUGUACUCUCGGCGCUACAUCCGCCGCUCACCUGCUUUUAUAGCAUUCUUCACUCACCCUGAGCUGAAGACUGCCUACGAUCUGCUGCGUGGAGGCCGAUAUUCUCACGCCCUGGAGGUCCUGCAGAAUGCACUAGUGCUCCAGGAGAAAUUGUGUUCUCAUGAUUCGUCCCUGCUCGUGCCCACACUGUGUGCACUGUUGGUGUGCCAGAGGGACCUGGAGGAUUUCCAUGCAGCUUUCCAGACUGGAAACAGCGCACUGCCAGCAGUAAGGCGCUAUGGACUGUACAAGUAUCGUAGUCCGCUGCUGGAGGCCAUGGUGGAUCUGGGGUAUAAAUUAGAGCAGCCUGUGGCUCAGUUACAAGAGGAGCUGAUCAGAGUUCAAAACUCACCACAUGGACCAGAGUCAUCAAUGUCACUAAAACAGAUUGUGGUGCAAGAGUUUACAUGAACCCAUAUUUUAUUAAAAGGUUUCCAUGAUCCCACAAAAAUGAAUAAAACUUUAUUAAAA